GAGCCGAAAGUAUUUCAUCGAGAUGAAUCAUAGACAAGCGCACUUCGUCGCUUAUUUUCGUCGCAAAUUGUUACUCAUUUUAUUGUGCGUAUUUAUAUUGUGUAUUUUCAUGAGUGCACUUAUUUUCAACAAUAAUAAUAACAAUUUCAAUAAAAUUCCGUGUUACAAAUAUUCAAAGUUGGUUUCAAACAAUGUCGCACAAAAUGCGAUAACAUAUUUUGUGGACAUUUUGGAUGCAGAAAAACAGCCGAAAAUUGGUAAGGCGAUUUUUUUCCAUGAAACAUCAUGCAAUCCAACCGGCAGUGCCAAGUUGAAUGCCAAACAAGCAUGUGCGAUUGAGUCAGCCGCACGUUUGAAUCCAAAUCGCGAUAUUUUUGUCAUAUUUGCUUCACCGGUUGGCAUAAAUUACCAUGAAAAUCUGCCACCAUACAUCGACACACUAUGGAAAUAUGAAAAUAUUCAUUUUCGAAACAUGAAUUUAUGGCAAUAUUCAAUGGACACUCCCGUCGAAGAUUGGAGCAAAACCAAUAAGCUUUUUCAAUCAAAGUACUUAUAUGAGCAUAUGUCCGACUACUUGAGAGUACUGACGUUGUACAAAUUUGGCGGGUUUUAUUUGGACUUGGAUGUAGUUGUGCAAAAGAACUUUGACGAUUUGGGCGAAGAUUUUGUCGUCGAUGAUUGGGACACAGUGCUUGCAACCAGCAUUAUGCAUUUGAAUAAUGACGGCAUCGGAUGGGAAAUUGCAACCGAAUAUUUAGAGCAAUUGACGAAAAAUUUCAAUGGCAGUAAUUUCAUCGGAAAUGGACCGAAGAUACUUACACAAACGUGUGCGGAUAUUUGUAAUACCGAUCAACGGUCGCUGUGGACGAGGCGAACUUGUGAUGGCUUAGAGUUGAAACGCAAAGAAAACUUCCAUCCAAUUAAAUGGCGAGAUUAUAUGAUGUAUUUUGAUGUUGAUAAAUUGAACGAAACACUGGAAUUGUCGAUGAAUUCAACGAUAAUUCACGUUUGGAACGAUCGCAGCAGUCGUAUAUGGAACAAAGUUGGAACAAAUAACGCAUAUCAAGUGAUUGCCGCAAAGAAUUGCCCAUCGGUUUAUGCAAGCAGCGAAUAUUUUUGAAAUGAAAUCAAAAUUCCAUUGCGCUUUUUCAUCAAACUGCAACCAUCAACGAACGUACUGCGAUAUUAUCAUGUUUAUUAUCAUUUGACUCUUUAUUUAUUUAUUUUCGAACGUAUAAAUCAUCGAAUAAUGAGUCAUUCUUACAACUGAUUAAUUGAAAUAAAUUGUAAAUG